AUUUUUUUUUUAAAUUUAAAUGCCGAUCUCAGUACACGAUAAAAAUGGAUGUGAUUAUUAUUUGGAAGCGGCAACAAAUUAUACGUUUAAACAAGCCUUUGAAAUGAGCUUUAGGCAAUCAUCUAAGAAAUGGAUAAAUUAGAACAGCAGUUCCCAGACGUUUUUAAAAUCUGUCAGCAAUUCGAGCUUGAUGAAGAUACAAUGGGAAAGAUUGUUCAAAUUAUGACCAACGAAAUCUAUAUGGGUCUUGCAAGAGAGACCCAUGCAAGUUCUUCGAUUAAAUGUUAUGUGACUUACGUGCAAGACCUUCCUACCGGUAGCGAAAGGGGCAAGUAUCUAGCACUGGAUCUAGGCGGAACCAACUUUCGUGUCUUGUUGGCUAAUGUAAUUAGCGAAACGAAUGUUGACGUUAUUAGCAAGUCGUAUGCCAUUAGCAAGGAUAUGAUGAAGGGGCCGGGCACCAAAUUAUUUGACUUUAUUGCCGAAAGCAUAUCUCAAUUUUGCAAAGAGCAUAAAAUAGAAAAUGACAAUUUACCACUUGGUUUCACAUUUUCUUUUCCGUGCAAGCAUGUUGCUAUUGACAAGGGUAUUCUGGUUUCCUGGACGAAAGGCUUCAAGUCUGAGGGAGUAGUAAAUAGGGACGUUGUUGAGUUGCUUCGGGAAGCUAUCGAUCGUCGAGGCGACUUCAAAGUCAAUAUUGUUGCUAUUCUUAACGACACGACGGGAACUUUGAUGUCCUGCGCUUUCCAUAAUCCGAAUUGCAAAAUCGGAAUGAUUUUAGGUACGGGCACUAACGCCUGCUACAUGGAAAAAACAUCAAAUGUCGAAAUGCUACCGGGAUAUCAAACCAGCCGUAAACCCUUUAUGAUCAUCAACUGCGAGUGGGGUGCCUUUGGUGAUAAUGGCGAGCUAGACUUUGUACGCAAUUCCUACGAUAAUGCUGUCGACAAACGCUCCGUUUAUCCCAAAAAACAGACUUUCGAGAAGUGCAUCUCAGGUAAGUAUAUGGGAGAGUUGGUCCGGCGCAUUGUUGUGGAUCUAAUGGACCAGGGCGUGCUUUUCAAAGAUGCAACGUGGCAGACUCUUCGUAAGAGAAAGACUUUUCUUACUCGCUUUUUAAGUGUGAUUGAGUCCGACAAACCGGGCGAAUUCGGCAAUGCUUGCAAAUUAAUGGAUGAGUUAGGCGUCAAAGGAUGUGAGGAGGAAGAUUUGCUCUGCCUGCGGUACAUAUGCAGAGCUAUAUCCACACGUUCAGCUAAGCUGGCAGCUUGUGGACUAGUCGCUUUGAUCAAGAAAAUAAACGUCAAAGACAUAACAGUGGGCAUUGAUGGAAGUGUCUAUUGCUUCCAUCCGCAUUAUCAUACGUUGCUAAUGGAAAAUAUGGGAUUACUGCUAAAGGGUUCCACAAAAUUUGAGCUGUUGCGUUCUAAAGAUGGUUCGGGCCGCGGCGCGGCGUUAGCUGCUGCGGUCUACACUCGACGUCCACCGGCUUCACCGACUGUGCAGCAGGAAAAGCAUCCACAUCCGUGCACACAGGCUUCUCGUAAAACUCCACCAUCAGCUGGUUUGCCGGCAUUGCGUAGAAUUAUCCACACAGCUUGUUGGAUAUUCAGACACUGAAGAAGCACUUACCUUGUCGAAUUUGUAUCAUACGCUUUUGAUAUUACUCAUACUGAUAUUUUUUAAGAAUUUGCAGAUAGUUUUAUAACAUAACCAUUUGGUCCUUUCGAUGUUCGCAUUAAAUCAAUCAUAUAUCUACAGUAUUA